AUGAGGAACCGGCUCGACCCGGGACUGGAGCCGUAUAGUUUCGGGUCGUUUACUCCUGGCAAAGAUGCGCACUUCUAUCUUCCAAGGCUUCAAGGUGCAGCUGGUACUGCAACAACGACAUCAAAAAUACUUCGCGAAAGUUGCUCGACCAAAUGCAACCAUUACUGGGUACCCAAAGUCGUCAAGCCGCGACCUCCACCAAAGAGCCCUGAACCUCACGUUAUCUAUCAAUAUGAUUAUAUGACUGAGCAAAUUAAAAUGUGGGAGGAUGAAAUAGAGGCACUGAAAACAGAAAUAGCAACAUUAGAAGAGAUAAGCAAAAAUCACGAAAUUUGGGAGAGGACCCGAAUCACUCAAAACGCGCUCGACAAACUAAACAGAUCCCGUGACAAGUUUUACGACUAUAAUCGAACUUCUUUCUUGAAACGCAUGCGUCUACAUGCGCAGCGAAAAACCACGCGAGAGAAGCAACUUCUGUCGUUGUCAACAGAGAUAGCGAGGCUCACGGCAUCGAACGAGAAUUUUGACAAAUAUGUGCUUGGGAUUCGUCAGUACAAAAACCUUGGUGCAGUAAGAGAUCGUCUGGAGAUAUCAACUUUUCAAAAGAAAUUCGACGAGGAACAUGGCAAAACUAUGCAGCAGAUAGAAAAUCCUCCUUACCUCACUCCAGAAUACAUCAUUCCUAUAAUACCUCCUAUAGAAGAUCCCGAGUUCCUGGUGAAAACUCGAAACUAUGUCGAAAGAAUAACAAGCAUUAACAAAACCGAUCGGGCAGAAGUCGAGCAGCUCCGUCGAAACGUUCACAUAAUGGAAGCUGAGCUCAAGGAUCUUCGGGCGAAUUGGCAUAAAGCUUACAAAUGCGAACUCGAUUUUCCCGACGAUGAAGAUCUAUCAAAGCUAAACAUUCCAACACUUCAAAAUAUCAAGCUCGACGACAAGCUUGAGAACUAA